GUCGACACGUUCAGCGCCGGUCAGGGAGACGUCCAGGUGUUUCUUCAGGAUCCGUCGGGCAAACAGACACCCGUUGAGGUAAAGGCCAACGACGAUCCCGGGAAGACCUACACCUGUUCCUAUACGGCCAAACUGGAGGGCCCUCACAAAGUUAUUGUCAAGUUUUCGGGCGUUGAAGUGCCGAAGUCUCCCUUCGAUGUGGAGGUGAAGGGUGUGGCUGGAGAUGCCUCCAAAGUGAAGUGCGACGGCCCCGGCAUUAGGCCCACGGGUCUCAAAGUGGGCACUCCUACCACUUUUGACAUCGACACUAAAGAGGCCGGUGUGGGUCAGGUGGACGUUCAGGUGAUUGACCCGAAGGGAAAGUCCAGUUCUGUGCCCAUACGUGUGCGACAGAACGAUGAGGACCCGACCAAAUUCAAGUGCGAAUACGCGCCUCAAUUGGAGGGCCCGCACAAA